UGCGUUUUGACAGAAGCCCGGCGGAACCAACAAAAACCGCCUCCGCACUGAAUGCGCGCGCUGUCACGCCGGCGGGCGGAGCGCGUGCGGUCACGUGGGGGAAGCCAGGAUCAGGAGGGGGAGGCGGUCUUGAGCUCGCUGUUUGACACAAGUGAGUCACGCGCUGUCACGCCAGCGGGCGGAACACGUGACACCAUGAGGGGGAGGAGGUCUUGAGCACGCCGUCUCGAAUAAUACAUCAUGCGCUGUCACGCCUUCAGGCGGAGCACGCGACGCGUGCAAUCACUCGAAGCUCCUCGAAGCAGCGUCCAUAUAUAUAUAUAUAUAUAUAUAUAUAAUAGCCAAUUUGUUUGUUAGGUGUUCUGCCGCCGUCUGUGACUCUGACGCCUUCGACCUUGUCGGCCAACUCGUCAGUGCUGCUGUCUCCCGUCAUGUCCAUGUCCUUGCCAACUUCUACGGCUUCUGGAUAGUCAGGCAUUGCAGUCGCAAUCAGGCGCUCAGCUUGGCUGCUAUAGAAAGAAUCUCGCGGUCGUGCUUGAUGACUGCCAUAUGUUUGCCGAUGACCUUCUUGGCCCCGACCAUCGUCUCGCCCUCCUGGGUGGCGCAGAAUUCGAACUUACUGUAGAGGUUCUGGAGCGCAAUGCAAUUGUGGGAGUCAGACAAUGUCACUGGCUCUUCGCCUCUGGGUGCAGUCAGGUACUGCAUGGCAAAUCUCUUCGCGGGGAAAGCACCCAACCAAGCAAGCCCAGAACUGACGAGGGAAGAAUUGCAAUCUGUCGUGGGAGUCCAAGAGAUGAUUCCCUUUCUCGAUGCGAAGGAAUCGAUUCACCCAUUUUCCGUUCCAGCUGAGCUUCAGCGCGCACUGGGAGUAGGUGGAGAUGGAUGCCCAUGCCGCCUCAUACUCUACCUCGUCGAGCUCGCCAGCGACGUCAUUCUGGAAAAGACCAUGCCAUCAAGAAGCUUCUCCGUGCCCGAAGUGUCCUCGAAUGCGCCCGAGGCCGAAUUUGAUCUUCUCCGCGUCCCGCGAGGACAGCGUUCCACCACCCUGUGGACUGCAUGCGAUACGUGGUGUGUUUCUGCAUAUCCGCCCACGAGCUCUUGAAGAAACACAGCCCGAACGGCCGCAAGCCGAACAGAGCACGAAACGCGGCACCGGGAAGCAUCCACACCGACAGGAGGGUCCUCUGCACAAUACUGUUGUCCACCGCCUGCAUGAAGGUCCACACAGACUUCACCAUCGUCGACACCACGGUCUUAUAGGAGAACGCGUCCACGUCCUUUAGGGCUGGCAGGCCGAAUGACCCGCCCAGCUGUUGCCGAACCAUUGUUGUUCGCCUGGUGCUUCAUGCUCCACUGUGAAUGGAAGACCUGAGCCCAUUGGUAAGGACAAGUACCCAUACAAUAAGUGGCAACCCACCAGCCCUACUUGAUAUCGUCGCAAGUGUUGUUGAGCCCCUUUGCCGCCUCCACGAUGUCGGCCCUCGUCACGUCGCCAGCUCGACCAAAUGAGGUAAGAGCCUUGCGCAAACCAGCACUCCCCAACAUCAAGAUGAGAGCAACCGCGAUCAGUUGGUGCCUGUCCAUCCUGCCGCUGUCCCGCCCGACCAUUUUGAUCAUUGCAAGAUGCUUCCUGGAUCUCUCAAACUACAGACUGCUCGAACCAAAAGCUUAAGCCAAAAUGGCUUGAGCCAAAAUGGCU